AUGUCCAAUCCCAGCGAUGGGUUUGAGAAUUUGGGAGCCCUGUUAGCCAUUUUCGGCAAUGUUAAUUCGCAGCAGACACAAACAAUAGUAGUCUGCGAGUUAACCGGCCCUAAAGAUAUCGCCUGCUCCAUUGGAAAAGACAUCUACAUUACCAACGUGCUGUACGGCCGCACGACUGCGUUACCCCCCGCCACGUGCAACCCUUACAACAAACAGAACAUGAACAUGAGCUGUCAGCAGACGACAACUCAAGCUUCCGACAACGUGAAAAAGUUGUGCGCCGGGAAGUCAAAAUGCACGGUGACGAACUCAUACCUGACUCUGGGUGACCCUUGUCCUGGUGAUCCGAAGUUUUUAAAGGUUGAUUACCAAUGUGCGGUCCCAACGCCGGCCCCGACGGCGACGACUACCCAAUUGAUGACUUCAACAUCUGGCGCCAUUACGACAGUGAUGGGCACGACCACACAGGCAGCGCAGACGACAACUCUCGUGCAGACGACCACUGUACCAAAAACAACGACACCAGCACAGACGACAACCACAUCGUUUACGUUUAAAACAACAACUUUAGCUCCGAACAAUAGCCAAGUAACUAUUUGUGAGAUGAAAAGUCAUGUGUUUUCCUGCCCUACCGGUCAAGUCAUCUACAUAACACAUGUUCUGUGGGGGCGUCUUCCCCCGGCCCCCGCCAGCCUCUGCAACCCGUACAACACCAGUGUCGUUGGUGCACACUGUCAGGGAGGCCCCGUUGCCACUCAGCAUGUGUCCGGCCUUUGUAACGGCAACCCGAGCUGUAAUGUGAAGAAUGACUGGCAACUACUCGGCCCGGACCCGUGCAGUGGUAUUCCGAAAUAUCUACAAGUCAGCUACACCUGCGCAAUCCCGACAACGCCGCCGGCUAACACGACCACCCCGAUGACCACACAGACGACCACGCUAUCUACAACAACAGUCGGAACUACGACACCUCCUGCCACAACUACGACCAUGCCUACGACUUCAUCCACUACGGUUCCUCUAGUAACGACCACUGCUGGUGUGACAAAUACCUUACCGCCCGUUUUUAUUCCAGGUACCUUCAAAUCCACUAUCUGCGCUCCACAACAGGACCGACUAAAAUGCACACCCGGAUUUGAAAUCGUCAUAGACACCGUGUUCUACGGUCGUAGAAGCCAAGCCCCCUGUAACACAAAACAACUGACUUACGCCCCGCUGCCCUGUACGGGCGCUGCUGGGGCUAGCCAGCAAGUCCAUUUCUGGUGUGAUCACCAGUCCUCUUGUAUUGUGGAGGCCACAUUACUGUGGCUUCACAUAACCGAUCCAUGUCCGUCAAUUUCGAAAUAUCUUGAGGUAACGUAUCACUGCGACCCUCUAGCUCCGCAAACCACCACUAGCACAACAUCCACAACGACAAGCACCAGCACAACCACCCCGUCCACAACAUCUACAACAACGCCCACUACAACGAGCACCACCACAACCCCAACAACAACGUCAACAACAACGUCAACAACUACGCCCACAACCACCACCAGCACCACUACACCGACAACAACGUCAACAACAACCACGCCAACCACUACUAGCACAACAACAAGUACAACCACUUCAACAACGACACCAACAACAACAAGCACCACUACCACCCCGACAACGACAAGCACAACCACUUCAACGACGACGACACCAACAACAACAAGCACAACCACCACCCCAACAACGACAAGCACCACGACUAGAACAACACCAACUACAACACCUACUACGACCACUUCCUCAACAACGACCCCCACGACCACCUCAACAACACGUCGGACCACUCCAACCAGCACUGCCACUACGACGUCCACGACGAAGCCGACCGUGAUGACAACACUGCCGCCAUUUGUGCCUUUCACACCACCAGCUAAUGCUCCUUUAGGCGCCCAAGUGUGCCACGAGUACCUUGUCUCAGGCGCUCACGGCGUCCCGGACCGCCAGCUGACCUCCACUUCUUCCUGGAACUCCCAUCUCCCACGUGACAACAACGGCCCCGACCGCUCCCGACUGUUCACGCAGGCGUACGACUAUGGGAACGGGACGUCCUACCGAGGCGCCUGGACCGCCGGGACGGAUGAUAAGAAUCAGUAUAUACAGGUGGAGCUGAUGCGACCGAGCCUUAUUCGGGGUGUGGUCACACAGGGCCGUCACAUCGAUCCACUCACCGGAUGUUGCGUUCAGUGGACUACCAGUUUCACCGUCUCUUACAGUAAUGACGGGCAGACAUGGCACUUCAUCAAAGACAAGCAGGGAAAUGAUCUGGUAUUCAACGGCAACUCGGACGCGGACUCCUUGGUUACGAAUAUGUUCGACUGUCAGUUUAUCGCCAAGUUUGUAAGGAUCCAUCCACAGACCUGGUUCACCCAUAUCGCCCUCAGAUUUGACCUGCUCGGCUGUCAAGCUAUAACAACACCAGUUGGGCAGUGUGGUCCGGGAUGGAAAGAACUACCCGGGACGACUAAGUGCUACUACUUUUCCGCCAACAACGACACACAGAGCUGGUCAGACGCCAAGAGGAGCUGUCUGUUGAAACAAGGACACUUGGUGGAUAUAGAAAGUUCACCAGAAAAGAACUUCAUAGUGAGCGAGAUCUCAAGUCGCAGUCCUAGCUUGUGGUGGGUGGGACUUAGCAACCUACCACGGAAGGACACCAAGGAUUACAAGUGGACUGACGGCAAGGCUUUAGACACGAACAUCUUGCCUUGGAAGAAGGGCCAGCCAGACAACGGCGGGUAUGGUGAACAUUGUGGCGACUUCUGGAACCGAGAGCUGAACGAUGACAACUGUGACAACAAGAGGAACUACAUCUGUGAGAAAGAUAAGUACUGGACGGCGCCUGUAAACGUCCCUACAAUCAAAAUCAACACUCCACCCACCCCACCCACACGUCCACCCAUGAUCUCGACAUCGACCACGCCCAGACCUACCGUUACGCAUAAGGCCCCACCAACACUGACGUACCCACUACCAACCCGACAAAAUGCGCAUCAAGUUAGCAGCAGUACUAACAUCUUUUCAACUGGAUGCCUUAAAAGCCCAACCGAUUGCUAUAACCGACCUGAAGGCAACUACCAACAUUGUGCCGGAUGCGGUGUGUAUGCGACAUGCGCAAACAGCGGUUUCUACCGGAGGCCAUGUCCAAUGAACCUCAAAUGGGACGAUAACUCCAAGCUAUGCUUGUACAGGUCAUCCAGCUGCUUUGGGCCCUAG